AGGAGUUGAGUCGGGCCGGCGAGCGAGUGCAAAGCUCUAUGAUCUUUGGAGUGUGUGUCCGUCCGUGCACAGCUCCCCGCCCUCCGUGUCCGGUCCGGUCCGGUCCGGUCAUCCCCCACCGACCCCGUCUGUCGUCCAUGUCCCGGAGCUCGGACAUCCGCUUAACUCUGAAACAUGAAACUGUGUAUAAUGCAGUUGGUUCCUGUCUGCUGUUUGUUCACACUCGCAGUACAAGGCCAAACUACUGUGACACUUAAAGCACCAAAAUUUGUUGGUCUAGAAAUUGGAAGUCUUCGAAACAUCAGCGUUACUCCAAGUGAACCUCUGCAGGAAAUGUUAUUUGUUACAUUUAAUGUGACAUUCUCCUCCAAACAGGCUUCAGUUGUUGAACUUCCAAAAAAUAUUACAUUGCCCGCUCACUCAAAUGCAACAUUUUUCCAAGUUAAAGGAGUUGGAAUUGGUCGGGUCACCGUAUUCCUUGAAAGCAGCAAUGGCAGCAGCAGCAGCAGCAAUGUGACCGGAACUCUGGCAAGAAUUCAUUUUCUGGUAAUGCAGAGCAGUGUUCUGAACAUCUUGAUUCAAGUGGUUGGCUGGGUUUAUUUCUUGGCCUGGUCUAUCUCAUUCUACCCUCAAGUGAUUGAAAACUGGAGACGUAAAAGGUAAGCUUUGGUUGGAUUGAAUUUUGAUUUUCUGGCGCUGAAUCUGACUGGUCAUAUUGCUUAUGGAAUGUUCAAUGUCGGUCUCUACUGGAUUCCUCUUAUUAAGAGUCAGUUCAUGAAGAGUAAUCCAGGAGGGAUAAACCCAGUUGGAGCCAGUGACGUCUUCUUCAGUCUUCAUGCCGUCUUGCUGACAGCAUUUACAAUCUGUCAAUGUUUCCUGUAUGAGCGAGCUGAGCAGAAAGUGUCGAAGAUUGCUACUGUAAUUCUAGUAGCUACCUGGCUGUUUGGUCUUGUCACCCUGUUUGUGACCAUUGCCAACAAAAUCACGUGGCUGCAAUAUCUUUACUAUUUCUCCUACAUCAAACUUGCAAUUACACUGAUCAAGUACAUCCCCCAGGCCUACAUGAACUAUCGAAGGAAGAGCACACUGGGCUGGUCCAUUGGGAAUGUGCUGUUAGAUUUUACUGGAGGCAGUUUGAGCAUCGUGCAGAUGUUCCUACAGUCCUAUAAUAAUGAUGAAUGGUUGCUGAUUUUUGGAGAUCCAACAAAGUUUGGCCUUGGAGUAUUCUCAGUUUUGUUUGAUAUUCUCUUCAUUGUCCAGCAUUACUGCUUGUACAGACACAAAUCUGAUGACUACAGGUCAAUGAGUGAGGAUAACCGAGACUGAUCCUGCACCACAUAACAAGAACUGUAACAGAACCACUCAGCAAAGCAGGCAGCAUCAUGAAGGGAAUUCUGGAUUUUAGGUUUCAGGUCAUUGACCUUUCAUCAGUGCCAGGAAAAGUUAUAGAUGGACCAGAUGUGAGUGAAGAAACUGGGGGAGAGCAAAAAGGAAUCUGUUAAAUAGCAGAACCCAGCAGACAUUGCAUGUGCACAAAAAGAGAUGUGUGCAGAGCAAAAGGAGAUGGUAAUGAGACAAAGAAGGUAAAGGUCAUUCUGGAUGGGCAUAAAUGGAAGAAGUCUGAUCUUAUCUGAAAUUAUCAGUGGAAAGACUGAAAUAAAAAUGAUAAAGAUAAAUGUUACCUUAAAUUGUUGAGUUGUCUGAGAUUAGGCAGGCUGUAAUACAUUGUGAGGGAAGAAGUGCUUUCCCUCACUAGCACCAGAUCUACAAGUUUGCUCCACCAGCAUUCUAGGAGCAGUCUUCAGCUUUCAUUUUUCUUAAUGGCUAUUAUUAAACUGAAAUGUCAGAUGUUAAUCUAACAAGGUUUCCUCUACUGGAUUCCAAUUUCCCUUUGGUUGCAAUUGCUUUGUUAAAAAUUACUGUGGCCCCACGACCAACAAAACCCCCUGGAUCAGUAUGGCACGGACAAAAGCUUUCUACAAGACUCGCAUUUUGAAAUGGAAAGUUUACUCAUUUAAAUUUGGCCAAGAAGCACAAGGAAACUGCAGAUGCUGGAAUCUUGAAUAAAAUAAAAGUGCUGGAAGAACUCUGCGGGUCAGGCAACAUGAAGAAAGGUCCUGUCCAUUUCCCUCUACACUUGCUGCCCGACCUGCUCACAUCCUCCAGCACUUUGUUCUUGCUCAAAAUUCAGCCUGGACUUUAGUGUUAAGUUUCAGGACCCUUGGGUUAAAAUAAGUUGGUGUUCACUUCAAUUACAUGCUAACUAAUUGUAGGAAAACAUAAUGUUAACACCGAGGAAGGGGUGCCUUGCAGUUGGAUUCAUGGUGCCUGGGCAAAUGUGGAGAAAACAUUUCUGCUGGGUGCCUGUAUUCAUCCAACCCUGUCUUCUGCAAGAACUCCAUUCCGUUCACCCAGGUUUUCUGUGUCUGUGUAUGAUUAUGUCGACUUUCAAACUGAGCUCCUCUUAUACCUUUUUCCUUACUCAUGGAUACCACACUGCAUCAAAGUCCCCAGGCACAUUACUAUGAUUGAUUCUCAACCUUAUCAUAAUCAUAAUCACCAGUCUCCAUGUUCACAAUAUCAUCCUCUCUUAUUCCCGACCUCUGCCCAGUAUUUCAAGGUACAGUACCCUGGCUCACUCCACUGUUGCACUUCCACUCUUGCCCUGUAGCACCCUAUCCAUCUGUCCUGUCAGCAUACAUCUUCACAUGGGAUAGAGUCCCAACCACAUCCUCUUGGUUAAUCAGUUAUCAGUAUGUGACCUCAAACAGAAAGAUGACUACCUUGCAGCCUGUACUUGCAAUCCUGGCCAUCUCCAGUCCCACUGUCCUCUGCUGUCUAAUGAAGUUCAAUGUAAACUCUAGUCUUCCAAAUUCAAUAAGAGUUCAACCAUUUCCAAUAACAAUUCUGCUGCCAGGCAGCCUCAAUCAGAUCUAUCUUUUGAAUGCUUACCAGCUAUUCAUCACGCACCCAUUUCCUCAUGCCCUUUAUUCUUUCCUGUUUUCUGCCCUGUCACUUUUUUUGUUUUCUCCACCCACCCCACGGUCUCCUUUCUAAUUUAUAACUUUGAGCCUUUUUGAUAAAUGGUCAUUGACUUAAUGUAAACCCUGUUUCCACAGAAUCUGCCUGAGCUGCAGAUUAUAUUCAGUGUUUUCUGCUUUUAUUUUAGAUUUACAAUAUUCAGUGCAUUUUGUUCUUACAUUAAUAUUUAGAUCUCUCGAUACCAGCCUCAAGAUUUACAAUUUAGCUUUUAUUUGCCAGUGUGUGCUGUUUUUUCACGAGGAAAAUGUAUUACUCAUAAUUUCCUUUGUUUGUGGAUGCCUGUGUGGUUUGAAAUUUGAUACGACUGAACCAGCUGGUUUUACCUCACAUUGAUGGCAGUGAGACUGGAUUAGGUCUGUCCAGUAGUUUAGUGUUGAGUUUGUGCACUUUGUCCAUCUUUGGCUUCUUCAACCUCCUGAAUUGAUUUGAUAAUUGGAAUAUGUCUUUAGAUCACUGGAAAUAAUUGUAUGCCAAUGGCUGCCUUAAAACUGAACACCCAUGCACUUUCUGUAAAUGCUAACAUUGCACAAAAUGUAUCAAAUGAAAAGUAUUAAAUCUUUGUUAAAAAUAAACCUGAUUUCAUUUUCUUGAA